AUCCCCCGUCUAACCCUAAGCAGCGGCCGCUGCUAGCACUCUCUCUAUCGCCUCUCUCUCUCCUUACUCCCUCUCAAUUCUCUUCUUCCAGAAAUCACAGACGAAAGAAAAAAGAAAAAAAAUGGGAAGGAGAGGAAGAAAUCGACCUCUCCCUCUCCCUCUCUCCCUCUCUCUCUCUCUCUCGUUUGUUUCUCUUCUUUCCCACUACUUACCGAGAAGAACAAAAUCACCACCGAUUCUCCCUUCUCCUCUGGCCACUGGCCGAUGGCCGAUUCUCCCUUCACCUCUCUCGGUUCACUCUUCCAAAAAACCACCCGAACAAAACCCUUCCCCUCUCUUAGGAAGCCGCUGCCGCCGCUCUUCUCCCUCGUCGUCGGUCAACGAACCCGACCGCGGCGAGCCCAAAUCGGCGAAUUCCUCUCAAGAUGAAGGAAAGAAGGAAAGGGGCGGCGGGAUCUCUGCCGGCAAAGGUACGGCGACAAUGCUUUGGCGACAGCGGUAACCUUACAACUAAGUUUUCGGUAGAGAGGAAGAGCAAACGACAGAAGAUGGAUAUGAUCUACGGCGGAAGCAGUUUUGGAAAUGGACAGACCUGGCUGGCUGCCCUCGAACUCGCUGCUCACUAACUGCUCCUCUAGCUCCUCCUCUAGCUCUUCAAACUGGUGAGUGAGAUGGGAUCAGUCUACGCUCUUACGUUUAACAUCUUAUUAAUGCUUGAUCACUUUACUUAACUUAGUAGAAGUUGUUUCGUACUUGCACUAUUAAAAAUCUUAACUCUUAAACUGUAUUCUUAAAGCUCAAAUUUCAACUUAAAUUCUUGACUGACACUGGGAUCCCUCUCUAGCUAGUCCGGUUGCCAACUCAUACGUAUGAGAAGCCAUCCAGGCUUUCCUUAAACUUAUCGUGGAAGGCUCUUCAUCCACGAUUCUCAAGAGCAUAAUUGCUGCUUAUCUUAAAAAUCCCAAGAGCAUAACUGCUGCUCAACUUAAAUAUCUCAAGAGCAUAAGUGUUGCUCUGUCUCAAAGAUCUCAAGAGCAUAACUGCUGAUCUAUCUGAAAAUCUCGAAUGGCAACGGACUGGCGCUAGUGACUAAAAACACUUAAAACAACUUCACCUUCUUGAAGGCGAGUUACUUCUUAAAAAUAACUUGUUGCUUAAACUUUAACAACAACUUAUACUUAUAAAAUUUCAAAGCAAGUAAUAAUCAUUCACUUCAAGUCAUAAUUCAAACAAGGCACAUAUCAUCAACCAUAAUCAUGCAAUCUCAAACAUGAAUCAAAUAUUGCACAUACAUCACGUAAAGCAAUACUCGCAAAUACUCGAGGCAAAUUUUUGAAAAUCGUAAGGCGUAGAAUUUACCCCCUUUAGACUCACCUUAUGUUGAAGCUGAUUGAAUUGAAUAAGCUAUUCUCCAGGAAUCGAAAUUCCUCUAUUCUUUGCAGGCUUGCUCGGCCAUAACCCCAUGUAUUGUCCAAAUCAAAACCAUACUCCACUUUCUCUUUGUGCGAGGGAAAAGGAGGUGUUGCAGGUGGUGCUUCUUGGCCCUGAGCGGCUGGGGAAGAAAACCAUGAGGGGUUAUUAGUUUUUUUUUUAGGUUGGGGAAUUUGAUGGGGUUUGGAGAGAUGGUAAAUAACUAGGAAAAGGUAAAUAACUAUAACACUAAUAAGGAAAACAAACACGAAACUAACUGAAGAAUCCCUCUCAAACUGGGCUACUUGCUGUAUAAGUAAGUAACUUCUUGCGCAAGUAAAAUAAACAGCUCUCGUAAAAACUUCAUGCUCCUCGUUUGAGGUCUUUCAAGCUCAGUCGACCACAACCAACCCCUUUAGGAUCAUUAACAGGACUGCACUAUGAUGAUCAAUUCCUAGCUUCACUCGAUUACCUUCCAAGAUGAAGUUAUAAGCUUCCAAAUUAGGUAUGACAAACCGAUCCCAACACUUAACCAUUUUCAGUGUUGCUUCUUCCCAUGAUUUGUUUACUUCAUUGGCAAACAGGUGAAAUUAAGUUGAGACACCUUUGGUGCUUGCAUCACCUUCUAUAAAUAGAGGGCUUCUCCCCUUAUUUUAGACAGACUUUGGAGUUGCAAACCCUAGAUAGAGGAGUUAGAGAGAGAUUUUGCUACCUUAGAGAGGAAUAGGAGAAGAAGAGGAUAAGGAAGAGCUUGGAGAAGGAUUUCUCUACAUAAGGAGUCUCUCGUUCAUAUUUCUUCCGUUCUUUUUAUGGCUUUCCUAUCCCCUUUCAUGGAGUAGUUCCCUAACAUACUUGGGGCUUUGUCCCUCAAAAACUAACUAGGGUAAGAUGUGUAAUUGAAUGGG